AUGGAAGGCUGUGUCCUCCGCCCACCCAACAGCCAGCUCUUCAGCGACAAUGUCAUCGGCGGAGUUGUCGAGCGCUCCACCGCCGCCUCGAGAUACCGCAGCUCUCAUGUAUGUGAAGAAUACCAUCCACACGAAGGCCACGGCGCGUUCCGAACACGUCACCAAGAAGGAGAGACGGGAACACCUUCAACGAACUUACCCCAUAACAACCGAGCAGCAGAGCCCACGACGCGUCAAGACCAACUCGUGGCCAUGGCGGAGCUGGCGACCGCAGAGAAGCUGCGGCUGCGCGAACUCCGGCGCGAGAGGCAGAUCCGGUACCGCAAGAAGAAGGAGAACUACAUGCACAGUCUGGAGGACGAGACGCGGCAGCUCCGAGACGAGAUCGAGCAGCUCGAGCAGCGCCGACGCUCGGUGUCCGCAGCCGUCCCCGCCAUAGAGAGCGCGUGGCGUGUGGCCGCAGAGUACUUCCGACUCUUCCGUUACGGCGUCAGUGAGGCCUCAGUAUCAGUAUCAUCGUCGUCUUCGGAGGCGCAGCCCAGCGCUCAGUUGAACUUCUUAAGAGCGUCGAUGACGGCGGACGUGGCGUUCAACGGUGAGCGAGGUGCUGAGGUCAUGCUGAGGACUUGGAGCUGCGUCUCGCGAUGGUUCGCAGGGGUUGAGAUGGAUCUGGAGCGUUUGGAGAAGGACGCAACGGGGUCUCUGGUGGCCACCACGACCUUCACCGUCACUAUCACGGAACAAACGCUGAGCAUCGUGUUUCCUCAUCUGAGCACUGGCGUUGGACAGGUUGGUAGUGCAGCGUCGUUCUUGUCGGAGCGACUUGAGGGCCAGACGAUCACGAUGCGCGGCUCCACUCGGUUCGAGUGGGACGGCGCGUACUGCUGCGUUACGAGCGUGAUGAGUCAGUCGGAUAUGCUGACGCCGAUGCUGCGUCUGGUUGGGAGUCUGGAGGAUGUAUCGCGGGUGUUUGAAGGAGCGCGCAUUACCCCGGACUUUCGGUUGAAGUCGGCAAUGUGA